AUGUCCGUCCAGCAUACCGAUGACCUACGUCCCGUACCUGCUGUAGCGUCGACCGGUUUUCCUCAAGGGGUUUCUCAUACCGUUUACAGUGACCGGUCUGUAACUACAGCAGGAAGUUCGUGCUCAAGUGUUGCAUCUUGGUAAGUUAGGAUUUGUCUGGAUAUUAUUAUACUACUUUAGACAUCAAACGAAUGACGGAACUCUGUCUGCGCAAGAUCUGGCUUCUUGAACCUGCUCAUGUUGCAAGGAAUCUUGAUAUUGCUGUAGGAGUUUUUCUCAAUUUUGGGGCGUCUUUUUACGGAGAGUGUAGAGCGUUAUCGAACUCUCUAGUCACUUGAUUGUCGGCCAACCUGUACAAUGCGAGGUCGGAGAAAUUCCUUCAGCAGCUUCCAUCCAAAUCAACACCAGGGAGCGGAAACGUUUUAGUCUUCCCACCUACCCGUCUUUCAGACCCGCAUGCUUCCAUCAACAAUGUCAGCUUGUUAUGUGAACCGAGAUGUGAGUUUUUUCUUCCACCGGUUUUAUCAUUUUAGGUCGUUCCAUUCGCCCUAGAGUUGCUCCUUGCCAAAAUUAA